UUCUACUCCGUAAAUCUGGCUCGAGGUCUGGACCGGCAAGCAUCAUUAUAUCGGACCAUAUUGACUUCUGCUUUUAUAUUCUGUAUUUUAUAUCGCGUGUAUUUUAACAAACAAGUCGCACAAAUUGGAUAACGAUACACGGAUAGAAGGCAGUAGCAUUGAAAGAGAGGCACGUUUAUUCUACAUUUUCGCAGAGUAGGCUACCACUCGAGUUUCGGCAUGCUGCUCUGAAGUUCCUAUUCGCCAAGUCACGUUUUUUUCCAGGUAGGGCUGGCUGGGAGAGAGAGGGCUGGCUGAGAGUAUGCUGGACUGGAUGCCUUGGCCUGUCUGCUCUGCAGUGGAUUAAUAUUAUCCAGGUACUGGAGGGAGCCAGAGUCGCGUGUCAUGUGUUCAUCGUGUUUACACUAUUACACAGACUAUUACACAGACAGAGGGGUGGAGCUUUAGAGGUGGACCUAACCAAGGACAACUGACCCACUGUCUGGUUUCUUCUCAGAGGUGGACCUAACCAAGGACAACGGACCCACUGUCUGGUUUCUUCUUUUCUCACCCUGACUCUGAAGGGAUCACUCCAAUGUUGAGUCUUUGCUCUUCUCGUCAACCCAAGGGCUUCUAAAUUAUUAGACUACUGGGUGGAGUGCUACAGUAUUAGACCUCACUGGCAUUGAAUUGAAGUUUGCAAAGUAAAAACAACUGACGUGAGUGAGUGACACAGGAGAUCUCAGUUGGAGCCUGCCUGAGGACCUAUCUAUGAGCCUGUGACUGUGGCCAUGACAGCCUCUGACAGCAGCUUCCAGUACCAUGCACUCUUCGAGUACAAACGGGAACGUGGUGAUGACAUCAGUCUCCAGCCGGGGGACGUCCUGACGGUCCUGAAAGCCUCCCUAAAGGACUACCAGGAAGGGGACGAGCGCAGCCCCAAGGGAUGGCUGCACGGCACCAACGAGCGGACCAAGGAGAAGGGCGACUUCCCUGGGACGUUUGUGGAGUAUGCGGGGGUGGUGAGGCAGGGGCUGCCUGCGGCCAAGCCCUGGCCCAGGCCCGUACCCCCGACCCCUGGGGGAACACAGAGCAGCGUUGGGCCCGGGCCCCAGCCUCCAGGGGCCACUGCAGCAGGAGGUGGGGGGCCAAGGGAGGCCCCAGAGGUGUGUGCUCUGCCCGAGCAGGCUCCCGUGGUGCUACACAGGCUGAUAGAAGCUCUUGAGAGACAAGGCUUGGAGAGUGAGCCUCUGUACCGGACGCCCCCAGCCUCCACCGGACCACCAGAACUGAGACAGGCUCUUGACACAGACCCAGUCUCAGUGGAUGUGGACCAGUAUGAAGUGGCAGUGUUGUCUGAUACUCUGAGGGGUUUCCUCCAAGACCUGCCCUCCCCCAUCAUCCCAGCUGUGGUCUACAGUGAACUGGUCUACACCGCCCAAGAAACUCAGAGCUUGGAGGAGUGUGGUGAGAAGCUGAAGAGCAUCCUGGAGUCCCCCAACGUGCCCCAGGCCAACUACCAGCUCCUGGUGCACCUCACCAGACACCUGGUCAGGGUGGCCCAGAGUGAGGCUCAGAACCAGGCCAGUCCCAGGCUUCUAGGCCAGGUCUUCAGUGAGGCCAUCUUCAAACACUCCCACUUCAGUGCGGACGUGAACCCAGAGCACCAUGUGAAGAUCAUGGAGGCCCUGAUUACAGCUGGGGGACUGGUGGAGAUGCAGGCAGCCCCAGCUCUUCCUCCCAAGCCGGCCAAGCCCAUGACUCCAGUGAGCAGCAGCAACGGUGUGAAGGAGGGGGCUGGGGGGUCGCUACAGGAAGCAGAGUGGUACUGGGGAGACAUAUCAAGGGAAGAGGUGAAUGAUAAGCUGAGAGACAUGCCUGACGGGACCUUCUUGGUUCGGGAUGCCUCCACCAAAAUGCAGGGCGACUACACACUAACACUGAGGAAAGGGGGGAACAACAAGUUGAUCAAAAUCUACCACCGGGAUGGGAAGUAUGGUUUCUCCGACCCCCUGACAUUUGGUUCUGUGGUGGAGCUGAUUAGUCACUACAGACAUGAGUCUCUGGCCCAGUACAACACCAAGCUAGACGUCAAACUCAUGUACCCCAUCUCACGCUACCAGCAGGAUCAGCUGGUGAAAGAGGACAACAUUGACGCGGUGGGGAAGAAGCUCCAGGAAUAUCACAAUCAAUACCAGGAGAAGAGCAAGGAGUAUGACCGGCUUUAUGAGGAGUACACCAAGACCUCACAGGAGAUUCAGAUGAAGAGGACGGCCAUCGAGGCCUUCAACGAGACCAUCAAGAUCUUUGAGGAGCAGUGUCACACGCAGGAGCGCUACAGCAAAGAGUACAUUGAGCGCUUCCGCCGGGAGGGCAACGACAAGGAGAUCGAGAGGAUCAUGAUGAACUAUGAGAAGCUUAAGUCUCGUCUAGGUGAGAUCCACGACAGUAAGAUUCGUCUGGAGCAGGACCUGAAGACCCAGGCUCUGGACAACAGAGAGACAGACAAGAAGAUGAACAGCCUCAAACCUGACCUCAUCCAGCUCCGCAAGAUCAGGGACCAAUACCUUGUCUGGCUCAAUCACAAAGGAGUGCGACAGAAACGAAUUAACGACUGGCUGGGGAUCAAGAACGAGAACACAGAUGAAGGGUACUUUGUGAGUACGGAGGAGGAUGAGAACCUGCCCCACUAUGAUGAGAAGAGCUGGUUUGUAGGAGACCUGAACAGAACCCAGUCUGAAGACCUUCUACUGGGCAAACCUGACGGAGCCUUCCUCAUUAGGGAGAGCAGCAAGAAGGGCUGCUACGCAUGCUCCGUAGUUGUGGAGGGUGAGGUGAAGCACUGUAUGAUUUACAGCACGCAGAGGGGCUACGGCUUCGCUGAGCCCUACAACCUGUACAGCUCUCUGAAAGACCUGGUCCUGCACUACCACCAGACCUCCCUGGUCCAGCACAACGACUCGCUCAACGUGCGCCUGGCCUACCCAGUCUACGCACAGAUGCCCUCAUCCUCCGGCCCUGCCCCACGGAGAUGAGCCCCCCCCCCUCCUACCCAGCCCCAGGAGGGAUGAGGGGACGGGGUGGGGGGUACAAACUUGUACCCAGAACCUGAGAAAAAACCUGAGAUAAAAAAAAAAAAAAAGAAACAAAUACAGAAACACUUGCUGCAACACACACGUCAGCCACCUUGGAGUUAUAUAUAUUUUUACUAGAACAAUUGGAGGGCAUUCUUUCUAAAGACUGCUUGAUUUGCACAAGGAAGUUAUAAAUGUUUGUGAAUGUGAAAAAACGUAAGGAAAAGAGAAGAGCCGAGUUUCAGGUGACCCCGCUGCAGCCUAAACUCCAGCCAGAACUCUUUUACAGAAAAACAACAACAUGAAAACGCUCAAUUUUAAGGCUUUGUUUCCUGUCCCCCAAAUUAUUAUUUUCUUUCUUUAUUUUUUCAUUUGGACAAUUUAUUUUGUUUACAGCUUGUCUGCUAAAUGCAAGAGAUGAUGAUUAUGAUGAUGUCGAGUGUAUGUUCUCUGUCCCUCUCCGUAUGAGAAGCAAAAAUAAUGUAGCAUAACAGACGAAAGACAGUUGUUCAGUGUCCCUCCAUAUAGACUGCUGCUGAAGGUUUGGGGGGAGGGAGAAUAAAAGGGAGGGAAGAGUCGAAAGGGGCCACAAGCGAGAUAAAAAGGUUUUGUACUCUUAAAAGAAGAAAAAAAGCUUGCUUUUAUACUAACUGUAGAUGGAGAGUGAGUUUGUUUUCUUGCUUGGCUGGAUCCUAUUUCCUUUGACACAUUGUAAGUUAUGGUAAAGUCAUGUUGUUAUAGUCACCUAUAGAGACCAAAGUUGGCAUGGGCAGAAAAAAAGUCCAUUGUGUUUUUAUUAGUCUGUAUGAAUGGAGAAGAGGAAAGAGAGUGCUUGCUUUGUUUAAUACCACACAUAAAACAGAGUUUGGGCCCAGUGCUCGUGCACUAUAAGCUCUGAGGGGAUGGUACGCACAGACGGAGACGGUCGGUGGGUUUGACCAUCUAGAUGGCGGUCACGGUCGAGUUAGAAGCACUUAUCUAAGAGGAGAGCCCAGCCAAGGCUGCACCGUACGGUUUGACACCAAAUCCCAAAACUUAGGAGAAACAAACUACCUUAGAACCUGAAACACGUUUGUUUUAAACAAAAGAUUAUGUGUAGUAUAUGCUAAUGUCUGUUUAAAACAAACGGGGACUUUAUGUAUUGGUUACGGAACCUUUGAGAUAAUAGGCUUUGAACUGUUUUAGUGUACACGAAGCAGGUAGGGAGGGGGGGAGUUUCAAGUUGAAGACGAAUGCUUUUGCUGAUGAUAAAAACUUGAAGAAAGUGCAAUCCAACAUUGUAUUAUGAUUAUUUAGGUUAGCAGUCACCCGGAGAGCUGAACGAACCCAGCUUCCAGCCAGACUCGCAGGAGAGAUAAUCAAAGUGCACAGUGAAGCUAUUGAAGAUAUGUUGUUUUUAUUUUUUUCCUUUUUUUCUUUUGUUUGUGUUUCACUCAAACUUCUUACCCAGUGCUUGACUUUAUGACCAGUGGAAACAUUUCUGUUGAAAAUAAAAGAUUAUAACAUCGCACAAUAAAUAUUGACAAAAUGACAAACCACAAUGUGCAAUUUUCCAGUCUAUUCAGUCACCUCUACUUCCUGAUAUGAAACUCUCUAUUCUGAUUGGCUGUUGUUUGGCUACUGUUUUACCAUUGGCUCUCCUUGCUGCCUAUCUAACCAGCAGCCUCUGAGACAGACAAUGGGCCAGUGAGAUCAAAUAUGGUGGAUAAAUGAAGAUAGCCUGAGUGAACUAUUUACCAUUGAAAAUAAAUUGUCAAUUUCUGGUCUACUUAGUUAAUUGACUUUCAUUGAACCAGAAAAAAACAGCGAGUGGGUUGUUUCACUUCCUCUUCCAUCUCUGAGUGUCCCUGGGGUCCUGUCUCCCAGACAGUUGUCCCCUCCCUACCUGUUAAUCUUAGGCCAUAUUUAAGACCUUUGUUGACAGGAGAGGGUAGUGCUGCAGCAGAGGGGUGAUUUAGUGACCCUGGAGUAGAACAAAGACAGCGGUUUUUAAUCAGACACACUCAGCCCUUGUCUAUGACUAUGAGGAGCGAGCCCCCUCCAAAUUUCUGCACCUUACUGGACAAAUGUUUUGGCACAAUUGGGGUAAAGACACUACUCCAGUGAGGUUGACUACCAAAAUUGAUCUAACAGAUUUAGAGUUACACAAAUAAGUAGCUCUCUUGUCAUACUUUGAAAACAGGACUAAGCACUUGUUACAAAGUCAGACAGCACCUGUAUAUCGUCUGGAGUCUUUACUGAACUACCAGUGGAAAUCAGUAAAGUGUAUGGGGUCACACCAGUGAGAACCAGUGCUCAGUGUGUGUGAGUGGGAGGAGGAAAGUUAAGGUCACGUUAUCUAGCUGUGUGGUGGUGGUGAAGUGGAAUCAUCAUGGUGAAUGAAUGAGUGAAUGAUACAGCCUUGUAAAAACCAGGCCUCUACGCCGCCUGCCCACCGAGUAUCUAUCUCCCCUGUAUCUCCUCCACAACGACGCCAUACCCUUGAGCGAAUCAUCUUUAUCUAACAUACACCCCCACCCCUUGGAGUAGUGCACUAAGAUAAGCCAGAUGAGGCAGUGGGGGUGGAGGGGUCACUAGGACACAGUCAGUGCUGAAAGCGCUUGAUAGGGAACACAUGCAAGGGAGGAGGAGGGAGAAGGUGUGACACACUCCCUCUGAAGAGAUGGGUUCUCCCUUAUUCAGUCUCUCCCUGGUCUGUAUGUUCUGAUCUGCCUAGUAACAGCUGUUAGGGUUAAGGUGAGGUUCAGCUCUUCUGUAUGGAGUGUAGUGGGGUGUGAUAUGGUGUACUGGCGGAGGGAAGGGGGUUAGAGGUUAUGUUGAAUGUAAAACUGGAUCAGGCAGUUCUGCUAGAUGGAAGUUUGUUUGUGUGUCUCCUCGUCCCUGUUUUCUUUUUGGCAAGGACCCUCAGGCGGGAUGCUAGGCUACCCUUUUGCUACAUAACAGUUUCAUAACAAAACCCUCUUUAAUCUCUGGACUGGUAAACAACACCCAGACAGUAAGUUAUGUCAUUAAUUAUAAUGGUGUCUACCUGGUUCUAAUGGUGUCUUUCGACCUCAGUAGCCCUGCUCUGUUAGGUUUGUCCACUGAGGUAGCUCUAGAGCCUGUCUAUCUUCACUUCAGUCUCCUCUCCUUCCUUAUCCUCCACCGUGGUUUGAAGGUUGUUCUUUUGUUGACUUUUGGUUCGUUUUUUACUAGGAGCCCUAUAGGGCCCUAACUCUUUUACUUGAACUAUUGCAUUGCUCACUGUUGAAUGUCUUUUAAUAGAAAUAUGCAUAUAUUAAAGAAAAUAUCUGUUUUGUUUUUC